AUGUCGACACCAGUUCAAAUUGUUAACGAGAAAGCUCAGCAGUUGUUGUUACUAUGGAAAUCAAAGGAGAUAGACAAAAUUUUGGCGACUGCAUAUGCACCUGAUGCUAGUAUUGUAGAUGAAGGUAUCAUCUACAAAGGUCACGUAGAAAUCAAGAAGCUAUUUGAACAGCAAGGAAACUCAGAAGACGCACCGAUUCCAACUGAUACGACAGCUAUUUCUGACGAUUGCAUCAUACAAACAUUGAAAGGUGAAUUUCAAGGCUCGCCGGUAGUAAUCAAAAUCACAUGGAAUAAGAUCGGUGGUGAUUGGAAAAUAACUCAUGAAGCUUGGAGCUAA